UGGGGCGGCCGCACUUGUUGCGGGAGGGUGGUGGUUGCUGUGUUCGGCGGCGGGGCAUGCCUCGGAGUUAGCGCGGAGAGGGGUGCCGAGGGAGGGAGGGGGCCGGCUAUAGGCCUGGCCAUGGGGCGGUACUCGGGGAAGACGUGCCGCCUCAUCUUCAUGCUGGUGCUUACCACCGGCUUCUUCGUGGCCGAGCUGGUGUCGGGCUACCUGGGCAACUCCAUCGCGCUGGUGUCCGACUCCUUCAACAUGCUCUCGGACCUCAUCUCCCUCUGCGUCGGUCUCUCCACGGGGCGCAUCGCCCGCCGCAGCCGCCGCGGCCCCCGCGCCACUUACGGCUACAGCCGCGCUGAGGCGGUGGGGGCCCUCAGCAACGCCGUGUUCCUCACCGCGCUCUGCUUCACCAUUUCCGUCGAGGCCAUCCUGCGCCUCGCCCGGCCGGAGCCCAUCGACGACGCGCAGCUGGUGCUCAUCGUCGGCACCCUCGGCCUCGCCGUUAACCUGGUGGGGCUCCUCGUCUUCCAGGACUGGGGCGUCUGCUGCCGCCGCCGCCCGCCAGCCGCCGUGCCCGCUCCGGCCGUGCCCAGCGGUGCCCCAGCCGGGGAGGCCGAUGAAGCAGGUGAUUCACCCAAUGACCAAAAAAGCCCUGAGGAAGGGUCUGAGAAGAAAAAAGAAAAGAAGUCUGAAGCCUUGAACAUCAGAGGUGUUCUUUUGCAUGUUAUGGGAGAUGCACUUGGAUCUGUGGUUGUGGUAGUUGCUGCUACAAUCUUCCAUGUACUUCCUCUGGGGGAUGCUCCGUGUAACUGGCAGUGCUACAUUGAUCCAAGCCUCACAAUAAUUAUGGUGGUCAUCAUUUUGUCUUCUGCAUUCCCACUUAUCAAGGAGACCUCAACUAUUUUGUUGCAGAUGGUUCCCAAAGGUGUUAAUAUGCAACUACUGACUGAUGAACUGGCUCGUGUACCAGGGGUGAGCAGCCUUCAUGAGGUGCAUGUCUGGGAGCUUGCAGGUGGGAAGAAUAUUGCUACUCUUCACAUCAAGUGCCAAACCCCUACCGAUUACCAAGAUGCUGCUUAUAAAAUACGGAAGAUUUUCCAUGAUGCAGGGAUCCAUUCUGUGACCAUCCAGCCCGAGUACACUGACCACAAGAACUCCCAGAUACUGUGCAGCUCACCCUGCAUCUCAAAAGCUUGUGACUCUCAGCUGUGCUGCAGUCAGCGGGAACCUCAUCUGGCUAAAACUAAUGGCUAUACUGAGAAAAAUGAUAGUUGCCUUUCUGCAGUGCAUAAAGACAAUGGUUCCAGGAAAAACGAUGUUGAAAUCCCUAUCGAGUACCCACUGGCAGAGGAUAGCAUUAAAAAUGUGAAAAAUUGUGAUGGCAAAUCCAUGUUGAGCAGUACCCGGCUUUAGGCAAUUCCCCUCUACUCUGCAUCAUGUUCUCACAGAACAAAUGUGUCCUGCCUGGGAAGGGGGUUGUAGCUGAAGCUGAUGGGACAAAAAGUUUUCUCUGCUUUAGCUGUAAACCAAAAUACACCUAAAUAAGGAUUCAUAUUUCCAUGAAGUGUGUCCUGAUGCAGCCUAAGACAGUUCCUUCCCAAACCAUUUGUGAGUCUCUGUUGUUAGACUGAAUUGGGGUGUUUGCUGUCUGCACUGAUGCUUGCAGUUAAUGGCCAGUGGCACUGGGAAUGAAAAUCUGGCCUUUUCUGCUGAAGUGAGCCAUUUGCUGAAAGCCCUGUGGCCAGUUAAUGAUUCUACUGGGCUGAAGUACUGUAUAUUUAUAAACGACUUCAGUAGAGAUGCUUUACUGAUCCUGAAACCCCAUUUUUGCAUAGACAGUUCAUGUUUAAUACAAUGCUUGUGCUUCUGGCCAGUGGAGUCUGUGAAUGAAAUUAGAGAGGCUAAGGAAUAUAGGAAAUACUUGGGAGUUUUGACUUGCAUUAUUUUCUUGACUGAUUCCUGUAUUUAAGGAAUGUAUUUAAGAGCAGAAGCUGGUCUUGCUUCUCUACUACUGGUGUCCUAGCCUAAUCACAGAUAAAAAUGUGCUUAAGAAUAGACUUCUUGUCAUGAAAGCAAAGAAAUACUUUUAGUAUCAGUUCUAGCAAACAGAAACACAGGCAGUCAUCCAAUUAACUUUUACCUUGUUCACUGCUGUGAUUGCAACUCAGUGUUUCUUUUUUUCUCUUGACAACAGAAGGUAUCAGAGCCACAGUCUUAAUUCAUCAUUGCACAGGAUGAUUGCAGUAUCUUUAACAAUGAGUGUCUGUCAUUACUCAUGCUGAAUAAAGAAGCUAAUGUGUUUAUUGUGAACAGUUAAAAUUCUACAGUUUUACUAGUAAGACAUAAUUUAAUAUUGCAUUAAUUAAGAGAGUCCCUUUAAAAUUUUAUAUGCAGUAUUAUCAGAGGGAACUAUGCACAUCGUAUCCAGAAGCUUUCAAACAUAUUUUGCUGUCAAAAGCAGCCUUUCAAUGGUAUGUGUGGCCUGGGCAGGCUAUUUUAUUCGUUUAUUCAGGAUUAAACACCUUUAUAAAUUAAAAGCAUCUUUACUUAAGUGACACCUAAACAGGAAGGGCAAAUUGAUUUCCUGCCUGGGUUGGGAAAACACCAGGACCUCCUUGUAAGGCUGGCUUGAAAGCAGCCAAUUUCUUAUUAAUAAGGAUGAUUACGUUAAGUUAAUGACUAUUACACAGCAGGAUAUUUUGCUGCUUACAAGAUGGUAUUUACUGAACCAGUGAUUCCAGUCUAAAUAGCACAUUCUGAGAUCCGUAGUUGAAAAGAUUCUUGGGCGAAUUAAUAUAUUUUAUAGCUUUCCAUUGUAAGUUUUUAUAAUAUAAACUAAAUUAUGUGUUAAUAUAAUUAAAAGCUUGAUCCUCUAGUCUGAUUCUGUUAGCAGCAGAGGCGAAAGCAGCAGGAUCUUGCUUGGCAGUUAUUGCACAAAUUAAUGUAAAUCAGUAAACAUGUAAAGAAUUGCUGUGUCUUUUAAAAGUGUGUGGCAUAAAGUAAGACAUUUCUGUCCUUUUUGUCCUUAUUUUCAUCUAUGAUGAUGUUAUUUACAUCUAAACCUUGACAUUUAAACAAAUAUAUUUACAGGGCUGAUUUUGAGAUCUGGCAUAAAAGGCUCCCAAAAUACCAAAAAAGUCAAGGGGAGAGCUCGCUUCCCAGAUACCCUCUAAAAACAAGCACCCUUUCAUAAUUAUGCAUUUAUGUCUUAAAUCAGGUAAUUUUUAUAUGUAUAUAUUAUUAAAUGGUUGAAGACGGAAUGGCAGUGUUGUUUAUUCUGGGAUUAGGGAAAACAAGUAUAUGAUGUUGGGGCAUUUGACAAAAUGGACCAUCUCUUUGUUCUGCCAGUGUUUGUUAAAACUGUGUUUAUCUAUUUUUUAAGCUUUUAAAAGUAGUGUAACCCAGAAAUACAAGGAUGUAACAUUCUUAGAUGUUUUUCUUGUCUGGUUGAAUGUACUGUAAUUGUUGCCUGUGAAUAAAUAGGAAAAUACCAGGGAUUAUAGAAAUCUUCAGGUCUGGAAAACAGUCAGAUUUAACGUUUGCAUUAUUACUUAAGCAAGCAAGACCAACAGAGCUAUGUUAUUGAUGAGAUGAGCCAUGUUUUUUCUGUAUAGGGACUAAGGGUAUUCAGCUAAGGGUUGUGACCUGGCAUCCUUCCUUUUAGUCCCACAAUAAAAUAUCUUUCUCCUUCAUUUGAAGCAUGCCACAGCUUGGCUGUACGGGGUGGCCCCUCUCUACAUCUGUAGAAUACACCAGUGUGUAUUUUGUACUGGCAUAUUUCCCUUCAGUUCUUGGCCUAUUUCUUCUAAUUCACUUGAAGUAGGCUUACCUCAUUUCAAAAUACAAUAUAUUUCAAGUAUCUGCCUGUAUCUGUGGGUCUUGUUCUAGAUUCAGUUUUGUAGCAUACUGCACUGUCAUGAAAUCUGGCCUCUUUAGCUUUAUUUUUUCCUCUCCCAAUUCAGUAAUGGAACAUUUCUGACUACUGCAGGUUGAUUGUGCUACUCUGUCCUCUUCCUGUACUCCCUUAGAAUUGCGUCAUUAUGGCAUUCAGGUUCUGGGGCAGUGGUUCCCUGUCACUAUCUGUAGCAAAACAAAUCUGUUUGUUUAAAAUACAGGUGACUUUUAACUGGGUAUCCAGCUUGUGUGUCCCUCUGAUCCAGUCAUAAACAUCACCUACUCGUAUGACAGCAAAACAUUUGCUAGCCUUACCAGGUAGUUUUGGAGCAGAAGUGAAAUCUGGAAUGAAUUAACAUGGUAUUGAAUGCAAAAGCACUUUACUGGCCUUCAUCAAUUGUAGGUCUUUACAUAAAGUGAAUCAAUUUUUUGUUACCUUUUCAUCUGUACCGUAUGUAUGUGCCAAUUUGAGUGUUAAUGUUUCCCUCCUUCUGUCACUCUCUAAAUGCAAGCCUUGACUUAGCAUCAGUUAUUUUUCUUUACAUGGAAGAGCAAUUUUUAGAAGCAUUGCCUUUGUUUUACAGGUUUUCAGUUGAAAACUUGUGUUCUCUUUUACAGCUGUGUUUUUUUCCUUUUAAUAUUUUUCAUAUUCUUUGUCUCUUCAAGAAAAGCAGGAUGGCUUUGGUGGCCUUCUGAGCAGGGUGAUGUACCCAUAGUACAGUUUAGAAAUACCUCUUUUGUGUGCUGGUUUAAUUUUUGCACUCCGUUUUAUUCAAAUUCACCCACUUUCUGGUUUUGCUGUGUGCUACACUUUAUCAUUGCAAACCACUCUUUGACCUUGUUUAGUUCUUCCUAUUCUUUCCACCUUCCCUACCUGAUUAUAACAUUUACUGUUUUGAAUGCUUCCUUUCAUUCUGAACUUCGGAGGGAAUAUGCCAGCAUCCAAGUUUUUCCUGAGGUGAAGAUCACCACCCAAAGUCUAUGAAUGUCUUGAUGUGAGCUACUGAAAGGACUAUUUUACGUUCUAUGGUCUGUGUAGAAGUGUUGUUUAAGUAGUUAUCUUGAGAUGUAAAUAUAUAUAUUUAUAUAUAUACAUUCUUUAUAAACAGUCCACAUGAACCAACUUUAAAAAAAUGGUUGGCUUCUAAACCUAAAAAAGUAAAAUGAAAUCAAUAGGGUUCGGUAGUCAUUCAUUAACAGCUUAGGGGAAAGUGUGGGUCACUAAAUGGAAAGCAGGUAAAAGGGAUGUUUCUGAAAAGAUCAGUCAAAACCUAUGAAGAUUUCUAUAGGUUCUACCAUGAACACUGCUCUAAGUGGAAGCACUUUCUAUGUUAAAUACUUCAUUUGAAUAGUGAUACCUUGAUAUGAGGAUGUCACUGUGUAAAUUGUUACAUUUGUGGAGUUGUGUUGCUUGAAAGUUUCCUCCAGUUUUUCUGUUCAUUAUGUGAUUUAAAUAAUGUGCCAAAUUUAACUUCCAUGAUUGCUGAAUCACUGAAUUUUAAAUCUCACUGUGGUUUUAUUAACUAUUAGUGAAAGAUUACUUAUGUACAGUUAUAUUUUUUUUUUCAAAAUGAAGUUUAAAUGUCUUGUCAAUAAAGUGUAUUUUUUAAUAAA